UUGCUUCACAGCGCGCACUUGCGCAAUAGGAGCGCGGCGAGUCUCUCUACCUGGUCGGCGCUCCUGCCAGGUCUCCACGUGAGUCCCCCGCGUCCUGCCCGGGUCAGAAGAGCCGCGGGACGCUCCGUGGGCCUGGCAGCUGCAGGGGCCGUGGGAGCCCGGCGUGCCCAGGCUGUCCGCCCCCGGACCCGGCAGCUACUGCUCUUUGCGAGCGGAGAGCGGGAACUCGAGAACGCAGGUGUCCAGUUUCCCCUGACCUUGAGGACCCUGAAAGGUUCUAUGCGCCAUGGCUAUGCCCAGUGUCAGAUUGCCCACCAGUGUUUUAAGAAAACCAGAAGCCUGGAUUGGACUCUGGGGAGCACUGCGGGGGACACCUUCUUCACACAAAUUCUAUGCUUCCUGGAAUCGAUACUUAUAUUUUUCCAGUACUAAGUUGAAUGCAUGGAAGUAUAAAACAAUUUUCCAUAAUAUUUUCUCACUAAGACUCCCGGGCCUUUUAACAUCCCCAGAAUAUAUUUUUCCAUUUUCCAUAAGACUCAAAAGUAAUGUAAGUUCUAAAAAAUCUACCAAGAAGAUUGUACAAAAAGUAGAAGAGGAAGAGGACUCUGAUGAAGAGAGUGAUCGUGAGAUGAGUGAGCAGAGAGAGGAACUUGAGGAUGACCCCGGCGUGGCCAAGGACUAUAAAGACCUAGAAAAGGUGGUGCAGUCUUUUCGGUAUGAUGUGAUCCUGAAGACAGGCUUAGAUGUUGGGAGAAACAAAGUCGAAGAUGCGUUCUACAAAGGUGAACUCAGGCUGAAUGGAGAAAAAUUAUGGAAGAAAAGCAGAACGGUGAAAGUGGGAGAUGCAUUGGAUCUUCUUAUUGGAGAGGAUAAAGAAGCUCAAACAGAGACAGUGAUGCGAAUUCUCUUGAAAAAAGUAUUUGAAGAGAAGACUGAAAGUGAAAAAUACAGAGUGGUGUUGCGACGGUGGAAAAACUUAAAGUUGCCUAAGAAGAAUAUGUCUAAAUGAGUGGAUUGCUUUCUAGAGAUAAAGCUGCGUUCUGGUCUUGUAAGGGAAGAAGCCAGCUAGAAAGAGGACAGACAUUUUUAUUAAAAUAAAUUUCUCUUACCACUUAUGGAAUCUACAGAGCUGUUUUGUGAAAAUUGGGAUCUAUCUAUUGGAGACACUUCCUAUGGUCUGGAUUUUCCUUCCAGACCUGACUUAUGCUUGUAAGAUGUGUUCUGGAUGAACUAGUGAGAUGUGUUCUGGAUGAACACAUCCAGUGAGUGAAAUGUGUUCUGGAUGAACUAAGCCGAGAGAGGGUUUUAAUGACUAGUCUGCUGUUUCCCACAUUAACUACCCGGUGAGUCUGUGAAAUAAACUGGCCUGUUGUUUCUUAGCUUUAUUCCAAUUUUAUCCCUGUUGGCCAACUGCUUUCUGUUCAGGCUUAAAGCACAACAGGCAGUCAAGGUCACCCCCUCUAUCCCUCGGGGAAAGGCAUCUGGUGAGCCCUCUCGCCACCUGCCCUCCUGAGUUAUUGUUGUCCUUAGUUCCCGUCACUAAUUCCAUAUGGACCAGUCAGGACCUUAUUAAAGAGCAGGGGGGAUAAACUAAGGCAUUCAGGCUCUUUGUAUGGCACUUAAGAAUGGUUUUUGCCUUUCAAAAGGGUAGUUUAAGAAAAAAUACAUGACAAACUUUGUUUCCCACUAAGCCUAAGCUUUUUACUAUCUGAUCCUCACAGAAAAAAAUUUGAGGACCUUCUGGGUUUAGGGUGAUACACUGACGGUUUAAUACUCAGGUGAAAGUAGAAAAUACACAAGUUUUAUCAAUCAAGGGGAUGGGACUCAGCCAUAUAAUUAUUCUAAUUCUCAUGAAAGUGUUAUAAAGAAAAUAGAGUAGCAGUACAUACAUCAUCUAGGAAAGGGGCA